UGCAGUCACGCACCCUUGCUUCUCGACUCCCCAGCGCGAGCUGCUAUGCAUCUGCAGCAGCCACUCCCUAUUCUCCCUUUUGGCCGAAACCCGGGAGUGCCUUAGGCACAGCUGUAUGCGCGAGGAGGCAGGCAUGCCCAGAAGCCGGCUCUGCUGAAGAGACCGCGCGCAGACGACUUUGAGAAAGGCGGGAAUAUAGGAGAAUACCGCUCUUUUCGGAGAGCUUCAAAAUGGGCGUGUGAGUAAUAGAACAAACAUGAAUUUGGUAUAAUUAUAUGGACGUUAGAUAAAGAGUGUAUAUUUUGGUCCAUGUGUGAAGUUGGGAUUGGUUGGACUGUGCACUGAAUUCGUAGGUUACUGACCGUUGUAGGAUAGAUACUUUUAUCCUCCCAUUGGAGUAGUCUAGUACAAGGAUGGAAAAGGCGACGCAGCCCCAGCUGAUGGUCAAUAGCGCAGAGAGUCCGACGGAGGAGCUCUCAAAGAUAAGCGAUGAGGAGCUGCUCAAGUGGAGCAAAGAGGAGUUGGUGCGGCGGCUACGGAGGGCAGAAGCAGUGAAGAUGGGCUUUAUGCUUGACCACGGGAAUUUGAUCCGGGAGGUGAACCGGCGGCUCCAGCAGCACCUGACCGAGAUCCGGGGUUUGAAGGAUGUGAACCAGAAGCUGCAGGAGGAUAACCAGGAGCUGCGGGACCUGUGCUGUUUCCUUGAUGACGACCGUCAGAAGGGCAAGCGUGUGUCUCGGGAGUGGCAGCGUCUGGGUCGCUACAGCGCCGGCCUUAUGAGGAAAGAGGUGGCCCUCUACCUGCAGAAACUCAAGGAGCUGGAGCAGCGCCAGGGAGAAGUGAUCAGAGAGAACCUGGAGCUCAAAGAGCUGUGUAUUCUACUGGACGAGGAGAGAGGGGGAGGAGCAGGGCAGAGUGCAGGGUGCAGAAGCUCCAUCGACAGCCAGAGUAGUCUGUCUCAAACUGGGGGGGCUACACUGGGCUUGCUUCGAGACGUGGGGGAUGGGAGCAGCACCUCGAGUGCGGGAAGCACGGAUAGCCCCGACCACCCCCACCGCAAGCCCCCUCACCAGGGCUCCAGCCUGAGCUCCAACCCUGGCUCCAACCAUGACAAACCAGAAGGCCCGGGCCUCGAAUCUACAGGCCGCCGCCACAGCUCCACCCCGGACUACCACACCUUCCCCCAGGCCUGCAGGCCCCGCGGGGGGUCCCUCACCAGCCCUGAUCCCAGGGGCCUCCGGGGGCCCUGCAGCCCAGAGAAACACGGCAUAUUCCCUAACCGACUGGCGGCUGAGGCCCACUCCAAACCCAACAGUGCUGGCAUGCUGGCCCAGAAACCGCUUUUGGGGUCUGGGCAAGGGAUAGGGCCAAACCAAGGUUCAGGCCAGUCAAGUCCUGACCUCUCACAGAGACACAGGGUUAAUGCGAUCGGGGUUGGGGCUGGAUGUUGGACCCCUGAGCCCAAACAGGCACUGACGGGGACGCCAGAGCACCUGAGGAAGGGUCGGGUGAUUGUGGGGAGCCCUGAAGUGUUACGACACCACAACCACAGCCCCAGUUCAGAGCACUGGAAGGGGAGGUACGGCAGCAGCCUCCCAGCAGGCAGGGAGUGGGGACAGAUGAGGACCACUGGAGAUGAGUUGUCCCCUCACCACGGCAGCAUCUACAGUGGCAUGAACGCUCUCAUAUCUGCUGGCUGCUGCACCAACACCUGUAGGAGUGUGAAGCUUUGGGACAGCUUUGAUGCCUCCUGACCACCACAAGCCUCAGUCAUACAUGCUGCUGUGACCAGAGUCUCUAAAGGGAAGGGGGAGAGAGAGAGAGAAACAGUAUAAAGACAGUUGCAGUAGAGAAAGUUCAAGAUAAA